AUGAAGGCUACAUUUUUGUUCGUAGCUUGUUUGAUUGCAUCAUCGAUUGCAACACCCGUGCCAGAUUGUCCUCCAGGCGGUCACAUCCACACUGCGGGAUAUGCCUAUCCAGCACCAAAUGUACAAUUAUCGUUAGGAAAAACAAUCGAAUCCGUAAGCGUUGCUCCCGUUGCCUACAGUGCCGGAUAUGCAGCAGCUCCAGCAAUUACAUAUGCCAAAACUGCUGGCGUCGUUCUUGCUGAUAAAUCACCUGCAGCUACAUAUGCUGGAAUUUAUCCAUCUGGCAUCAAGUAUGCUUCGUCUGCUGGACUUACUGGAGUCUUGUCGCCUCCAAUUGUCUCGAAAGUAGCUGUUACUCCCUCAGUUUCAUAUGUCACAGCUGCCCCUCCAGUUAUCUCAAAAGCUUAUUUACCACCAAUUACUCCUGCCAUCACAAAGGUAGCUUAUCCAAGUGUGAGUUACGCUGCCCCUGCAAUCACCAAAGUCGGAUAUUCUGCUGAUUAUUCGUACGGACAUGCUCCAGCAAUCGCCAAGAUUGGUGUCGCCGCUCCUGCCUACUCGACCUCAUAUGUCUCUGCACCAGCUGUCACUAAAAUCGCUACUCCAGCAUACGCAACAUACGCUGCUCCAGCUGUCGCUAAAGUCGGAUAUAGCGCAGGAUACUCAUAUGGAAGCCCAGCAUACGCUUAUGGAGCUCCAGCUGUCGCCAAAGUAGGUGUUGCUGCUCCCGCUUACUCUACAUCUUACGUUUCAGCCCCAGCAGUUGCUAAAGUUGGUUACAGCUCAGCCUACACAUACGGAAGUCCAGCAUACGCUUAUGGCGCUCCUGCUGUAGCUAAAAUCGGAGUUGCUGCUCCCGCUUACUCAACAUCAUACGUUUCUGCUCCAGCUGUCGCUAAAGUUGGUAUUGCUGCUCCAGCAUACUCUUAUGCAGCCCCAGCUGUAGCUAAAAUCGGAGUUGCUGCUCCCGCUUACUCGACAUCAUACGUUUCUGCUCCAGCUGUUGCUAAAGUUGGUAUUGCUGCUCCAGCAUACUCUUAUGCAGCCCCAGCUGUCGCUAAAGUCGGAUAUAGCGCAGGAUACUCAUAUGGAAGCCCAGCAUACGCUUAUGGAGCCCCAGCUAUCGCUAAAGUCGCCGCUCCUGCUUACACAACAUCAUACGUUUCGACGCCAGCUGUCGCUAAAGUCGGAUACUCUGCUGGAUACACUUACGGAAGUGCCCCAGCAAUUGCCAAGACUGGAUAUGCUUAUGCUGCUCCCAAAGUUCUUUCAAGCCCCGUUAUUUCAACACAAGGUUCUUAUGGAUAUGGCGCCACAAAAAUUGUUUCUUCAGCUCCCGUUGUCUCAACUUAUGCAGCUCCAGCAGCCAAGAUUGUCUCUGGAUACGGAAGCUACGGAUUAGGAUAUGGACAUGGUUUGGGAUAUGGAGCUGCUAAAGUCGUUUCUGCUGCUCCAGUUGUUUCCACAUACGCUGCCCCAGCUGCCAAAAUCGUGUCAGGACAUGGAUUAGGAUAUGGAUACAGCUCAGGAUAUGCUCAUGGUUUGGGAUACGGAGCCGCUAAAGUCGUUUCUGCUGCCCCAGUUGUUUCUACAUACGCUGCACCAGCUGCCAAAAUUGUUACCGGACAAGGAUUAGGAUAUGGAUUGGGAUACGGACAUGGAUUAGGAUAUGGAGCUACUAAAGUUGUCUCAUCCGCCCCUGUUGUCUCAACUGCCUAUGCUGCUCCAGCUUAUGGACUCGGAUAUGGAGCAUCAAAGAUCGUAUCUGCUGCCCCAGCUGUUGUCAGCAGUUACUCCACACACGGAUCCGCUGCCGGAUAUUCUCUCGGAGGCGCAAAAUUAGUAUCUUCCGGACUCGGAUACUCACCAAACGUUGCCGCUUACAGUCCAUACGCCUACGGACUCGGACACGGGCUUGCAGGACACGGAGCUAUCAGAUACGCAUCCGCUGCUCCCGCUAUCACAAGCUACGGCGCUGUUCCAGUUGCCCAAGUUACACCAACCAUCGCACAUGCUGUUGCCAAACCAGUCAUCGCCAAACAAUUAGAAUAUUACAACGAUCAUCCCCGAUAUGCCUUCGAAUACGGUGUCAACGAUCCACACACCGGAGAUCACAAACACCAAAAAGAAGAACGUGAUGGUGAUGUUGUCAAGGGAGAAUACUCCUUGGUUGAGCCUGACGGUAAUGUUCGUACCGUGAAAUAUUACGCCGACUGGGAAACUGGCUUCCACGCCGAAGUCACAAACAGUCGAGACCAAGUUCAUGCCGCGAAAAUUAUCGCCAAACGUAAGGCAUAAGGUCAUUAGACAAAAACAUACAAAAAAAAAUACCAACAAUUAAACCUUAAAUUUUAAAUUAAUUAAAUUCUCACCCGACAAUCAUCGUGCAAAUAUACAAAUAGUUCCCUAGCCCCAAUUUGAAAACCAUAUUAAAUUGAAAAUUGAGCAUCUUUUUCGAAACCGUAUUCGAGUCUUGGAAAUCGUGCCCAAUAAUCAAUCCUGAUGGUAGUUAGUAGCCAAUGACAAAAAAAAAUACUCAAACCCAUUUUUUAUUAUUUUAAUUUUUCAUCCUCAAUUUUCAUCAUUAUUUAUUGUUAUUGAAUAUCGUUCUGUACUCAGAACUUUUAG